AUGGGCCGAGCGGUCGACCCUAGCUAUCCUUUGCUGCCAGUGGCUACUUUCAUCUCCGCCGUCAUGCUGUUCUUGGUCAUGUUGACCAAUGUUGUCCGCCAACGCUGGAACCUGGGGGUCACGUUCUUGUGCUUCUGGCUCUUCGUCGAGCAUAUCACGGACGGUGCCAACUUCAUCAUCUGGGCGGACAACGCGGACGUCAAGCUGUGGGUAUACUGCGACAUAGUCUCUCGGAUCCAGUACAUCACCUUCGUGGUGAAGCCGAUGGCAACGCUUAUCAUUACUCGUCGGCUUCACCUCAUUGCAAGUCUUCGCUCGGUGGCGCUGCCCGACAAAGCAGCGACGCGUCGGAAUACGAUCAUCGAAUGGGGUCUAGGCCUCUUCAUCCCGCUGCUCGUUGCGGGUCCUCUAUACUAUGUGAACCAGAUCGCUCGCUUCGAGGUCCUGGAGGGCUUCGGUUGCACGAACGGCCUGGACGGAUCCGUGCUGUACUACCUGACCAUCCAAUCCUGGACCAUCCUCCCACCGCUAUUGUCCGUCAUCUUCUACUAUCCACGUGUAGUACGCAUCUUUUACCGACAAAGCCGGGAGAUCAACCGCUUCCUCCGCAGCAACGGUUCAGUCACACGCACCAACUACCUCCGCAUUCUCGCCCUCGCCAGCAUCGACAUCCUCCUCACGCUACCCAUCGGCAUCGUGAACAUCGCGCUGAGCGUAUCAUCAAACAUCGCCCAGGGCAGCUUCUCGUUCUAUCCCGGCUGGAACAAGGUACACGGAGACUGGACGCCGAUCGUGUUUACAUAUGCGGAAUUGAAGGGGUUUGGACCGUCGACGCUCGCCGAGUUCUACUUCGCGUAUUGGACGUCUCCCGUGCUCGCCUUUGCCAUCUUUGGAUUAUUUGGAGUGACGGCCGAGGCCCGUGCUUCGUACUGGCACAUCAUUCAAAUUGCUGGUGGCUGGGUCGGAAUGGAACCGACUCUGCGGCACGCGAGGAAGGAUAGCCCACUUGAGACGCUUGAGUUUGGCACGCAAGCGCAGGGGCUCACGGGAGUUGAGUCUGACGCUGGAUCGCACACAGGACACAUCAACAUGAUUCCUCCCCCGCCAGACUCUCUUUCCAACUCUUCGCUCUCCGCGGCAUCUAUGGGUGGUUCAUUGCGGAAAGAUAUGGAACCCGGUCCAGAUUAA